CGGGUUUUUCUCGCACACUCUUGACAACACAAAGCACAAAGCAAGCAAGCAACUGUGCUUGCUUCUCCAACUACUGCAUCCUGUGCAUCCAUCCAUCCAUCGAUUGAUGUAAAGAUCGCCGGGAUGGAUCGUGGGUAUCAGCGAGUGAAGGUGAUUGGCAAAGGCGCGUUUGGUGCCGCCAUCCUUGUGAGGAAAGGCCCGGACCUCUUCGUGCGCAAGGAGGUGCCGCUGCAAGGCUUGUCCAGCAAGGAGAAGCUAGAAGCGGAGCAUGAAGCGGCCGUGCUCAAGGGGCUCUCCCACAGAAACAUCAUCCAGUACGUGGAUAGCGGCGUAUCCCAUGGAAAGCUGUGGAUUGUCAUGGCAUAUGCCAGCGGCGGUGACCUCGAUGUCUACGUUCAAAAGAAGAAGCGCGCCAGGAUGAGGUUCACGCUGGACGAGGCCAUGGGUAUCUUUGCCCAGUGCUGCCUCGCCCUCAACUACUUGCACUCCAAGAAGAUCCUCCACAGAGACAUCAAGUCCAAGAAUGUGUUUCUGGACAAGAAGCUCGGCAAGUCCAGCGUCCCCUUGGUGAAGCUGGGCGACUUUGGGAUUGCAAAAGUGCUGCAGAACACCCGAGACAAGGCGUCAACGCAGAUUGGCACGCCGUUCUACCUCUCCCCAGAGAUCUGCCAGGACAAGCCAUACUCCUUCAGCUCAGACGUGUGGGCGCUUGGCAUUAUUCUCUUCGAGAUGCUUGCGCUGCGCGUGCCGUUUGAGGCACGUGAUCUUCGUGCCCUCGUUCGCAAGAUUGUACAAACCCCUGUGCCAAAGCUUCCCGCAGCGUUUCAGGACCCGCCAACACUGCAGCAGCUCGUCAGCCAGCUCCUGUCCAAAGACCCUCAGAAGCGGCCGCACAUUGCGGAGGUGCUGAACAACUCGCUCGUGCGCGCUGCGGUGACGAGCAUCAAUGAGAUGGAUGAGGCGGCCGGCGUUGGCGGGACGCUCAAACGAACCUUCACCAAGCCAACGUCCAUGGACGUGCACAGGAAGGUGGAGCAACACGCACGGCAGCAGCAGCAGCAACAGCGACCACAAGCGCAGCAGCAAAAACAGCAAAAACAGCAGGAGAAGCGGAGGCAGAGCGCACGCGACCGCGCCAUUGCACAGGACCGAGCACGUCACUUCCGUGAGUUCAAAGCGCAGCUCAAGGCGAAACAGCAGCGCGCACCCAGCCGCGGUGGUGGGCAGAGGGGUGGUGGUGGUGUGGGUGAUGUGAACAGCAAUAGUAAUAGCAACAGUGACACUGUGUUGUGGCUUGGCGGCCAGCGACCGCCGACACGUGGAUACACGCCAGAGUUCCACCGCCCAUCAGCGCGCGGGAACCAGGCGCCGCUGCAGCUGAAUGGCGGGGACAAUGGCGAUGGUGCCGACGAUGAGGGCGAGGGCGUUCCGUUGACCCGCACGCAGCGACUUGCACGCGCAGCGCGGGAGGAGUAUUUGGAGAGGAGAAGAGCAGGCCAGGACAACGCGCGUAAGGUGCUGGAGCAGCUGGGCCGCGCACCACAGGCACCACAACAACAGCAACCGCAACAGCAGCGGCGGUUCGUAUCGAUAAAGCAGCAGUAUCAGCAAGAGCAGCAACAACAACAACAACAACAGCAGCAGCAACAGGGAACACCACGUCGACGGCAGCAGGUGUACGGGUGUGCGCGUGGGGGUGUGGCGGGGGUACGACCGCCAUCGAGACAGCAGCAUUACCAACAGCAAGAGAUGCUUCGGCAGCAAGGGCGCAGCGAGGCAAUGGAGCGGGCGCGGCGGCUGCAGCAGAUCACACAAGAUGAACAGCGCCGACAGAGCAUGCAGCGCUCACAGAACCAGCAACGAAACGGGCACCCGCGUUACGCACUACCUGACCAGGCUGAGCGCCAGCAGAAGGCGUUUUUACACCGCCAGCACCAGCAGCCAGCGUCACAGCAGCAGCAAGCCAAGCGUGCCCUGGCUGGUGGCUAUGAUGCUCACGCGGCUGCGCGCGAGGCGUAUGUGGAGCGGCAGCGACAGGCCAUGGCCAACGCUCGCCGCAUCAACGCUGAUCUUGGUCGCGCGUACAAACCAUCACCGGCGGUGCUCGCGCAGGACGCGGGCAGUGCACACGCAACACACCAGGAGCAACAGCAACAGCAGCAGCAGCAGCAGCCGCAGAGACGCGAUUUGGCGUCACCCCCAGCAGGCGAGAGCCACGCAGAGCGCCUGAAGCGACUGCGGGAAGCGCGCAAGCAGAGGGAGAUACAGGAGCACGAGAUGGCGUUGGAGGAGGCGAGACGACAGGCGUUUGUGGACAGGGCCGUUGCAGAAUCGAGACUACGCAGCGACCGCGGCCUUGCUGUUGACGCAGACAGCCCAGAUGCAGACGUGCAGGGCGCUGGCAAUGGCGGCGGUGACGUGCAGUACCUCGAUCUCGUGCCCCUGAAAGAGCUACAGGCGCGAGCUGGUGGUGGUGGCAUGCGCGGUGGCCGUAGCAGUGAUGGUGACGGUGGCUAUGAUGGUGGUGGUGGUGUGGAUCUGGCUGCGCUGGCAGCGGAGCGGCACAGCAACCGCAGUGCCAACAGCUCUGAUGGCGGGGCAGCCGGGAGAUCGCCAUCGUCAAGUGCGCGGCAGCGGCAGCAGCAACGGGAGGAGCGAAAGGCGCAGGAACUCAAGCGGAGAGAGCAGGAGCUGGCAGAUGCACGACGGCAGCACUUUGCAGACCUGCAGCAGCUCAGGCAGAAAGUUGCUGCGGGUCAUGCAAACGCCAUGUAGCAUGCACGCGGACGCCCUGUAGCGUGCAUGUACGGUGGGCGGACCACAACGGCUAAAUCUCUGGCUUCGACAGCUUCAUAUGUCAGUGGAGGAGGGGGUUGUUUGUUUGUUUGUUGGUUUGGUUGGUUGUUGUUGUUGGUUUGGUUAUUGUUGUUUGUGUGGUGCGCGCUUGCAGUUGUACUGCGAAGUAUGCAUGGCCAGUUGGUUGUUUUGAUCAAAAAGCUCCCUCAAUGACGAAA